CAUGGCUGGAUUGUGGCAGCAGCUCUGCUCCUUGUGGCAGGGUCAAGCUCCGGCGCUCCUCCACCUCAUCCUACAUCUUUGGGUUCUGUACCCACUCCCAAGCGUUGUUUCCUUGGACACUACAGACAAUUCACCCCAUUUGAAGGGGUAUGAGGUAGUGAAGGGGAAUUUCUCUCGGACUUUCCUCCGUGUUGGCUACCACAAGAUUGCAGAAGUUCCUGCAGGAGCAUGCAACAUCAGUAUACAGGAGACCAUAAAGAGCCGAAAUUACCUAGCUUUGCAGAUGAAAAAUGGUAUGUCCAUAAUCAACGGUAACUGGGUGAUUGACAGGCCUGGGGUCUUCACUGCACUGGGGACACAGCUAAUGUACAAGCGACCCAAUGAAAUCCGCUCUCGCAGUGGAGAGUCCAUCACUGCACCUGGGCCACUGACUGAAGACCUUCAUGUAUAUUUGAUCUACCAGCAGCCGGGUCCCAGUGUCUACUAUGAGUACACCCUGCCUCUAAAAAACAUAUAUCCCAGUCCUGAGCCUGUUACACAAACUGAUAAACUGCCUCUGGCUGAGAAAGUAACACCAUCCCACCCAGAGGAGACAGUCAAACAAGAGGAUGUCUCAAAAAAUGACAUAAUCAAAGAGAAACUCCAUCCUAACCAAGUUCCAUCUGACCCGAAUACAGCCUCUGACCCCACACCCUUGUACAUGUGGACAAAGACUGGGCAAACAGAGUGUAGCACUACCUGUGGCACUGGCAGGCGUCAAACGCUGUGGGAAUGUGUUGAAAAGGAAUCCCUGGUGACAGUUCCAGCUGACCUUUGUGACACUGCUCUUGAACCAACAAACCGGGAAGAGGACUGCAAUCUCCAGUCAUGCCCUGCAUACUGGGAUAUGGGGGAGUGGUCUGACUGCAGCAGGAAGUGUGGGCCUGGCCAUCAGCGUCGCCAGGUCAUUUGCCGCCAGGUCACUCAUGUACAUGCAAAUGGAACAGAAACUGCAGUUACAGUGGCACAAGGCCUGUGUGGGUCCACUGACAUGCCAGUGACAGAGUCUACCUGUCAGCUGAAGAUUUGCAGCCAGUGGGAGAUACGUUCUGAGUGGAGCCCGUGUUCAGUACCAUGUGGAGUGGGUCAGCGCAGCAGGGAGGUGGUGUGCAUUAGCAACCAGGGUGAAGUGGAGCCGGAUGAGGAAUGUAACAUGAACCUAAAGCCAGACACAUUUCAGAAUUGUGACAUGGGAGCCUGUGCACGCAGCUGGUUUACUUCCUUCUGGAGCCAACAGUGUACUGCAGAGUGUGGCACAGGGAAUCGAACUCGGACAGCAAUAUGUCUGAUGGACCAUGUAACCGAUCUCCCAUUGGGUAGCUGUGAAGGGGAGCGGCCAUCAGAGGUGAUGUCAUGUGACUCAGGCCCAUGUCAGCAGCGUCUGGAGUGGUACACAGGGCCAUGGGGUCAGUGUUCUGCAGAGUGUGGGAAUGGAACUCAGACCCGGAGUAUUGCUUGUAUUCUCAACAACAAUGGUCACAUGGAGGUUGUUGAGCAGUUCAAAUGCUCCAGUCUGCCUCAGCCAAUCACCGCUCAGCCUUGUAGACUGAAACCAUGUGGAGUCCAGUGGUACGUCACGGAGUGGAGUACGUGUUCACGCUCCUGUAAUGGUGGCUAUCGGGUGCGUGAAGUGCGAUGUCUGACUGACAACAUUGCCCCGAGUGACAAGUGUGACUCCGGUGUGACUCCAGAGAAUCGAGAAGAAUGCAACAAACAGGCUUGCCUGGCUGAGAUCAAUCCAUCGUGCAGUGACCAGUAUCAUAGCUGUACGGUGGUGGUUCAAGCCCGACUCUGCAUUUACCCGUACUACAGAAGUGUCUGCUGUGCCUCCUGCUCUCGCUCUCAGAAAACGUACCCCAACACAUUUCAAAUGAACCGCGUCCGCAGGUGAUACUGCUCUCAAUAAGUAUGAAAUAUUCACUUCAGGUCACAACUUGCAGUCUGAAAAAACAGAGGUGGAACUGUAUGCACAAAUGACACUCAAUCUGUGUGUGAAGAUUGACUGAGUGUGGAAACAGUCUGUCAUGAUGUGGUCAUUCCUCAAUAUUCUGCCAGUCAAUCUUUUAACAGUUUGACCACUUCUUAAUGUUUUAAGGGCUCUACUCCCACCAUAGCCUAAAAGAUUCCCUACUUAAUGCUCACAAAGUUACAGCUUUUACACUGAACUGUGUUAAAAAGACUCACGUAAAUACACUCAUAAAUCUCAUACAACACAAAGAUAUGCUGUGUAUAGGUUUGAAUAAGUAUUUUGUUC